AUGUUACGUGUCAUAGCGAUAUUUGCAUUUGCUUUGUGUCAGGCUGGAGUGGUGAUGUCUCACUGGACUGGGCUAUACGUGGAAUGCUUAUGCCAUGAACCCACUGGACCUUCAGUAUGUGCAAGUGACUUUCAUACCUAUACAGAUGCCUGUUUACUAGAUUGCCAUAGAAGACGCACUGGUGACUUUGAACUGCAUGUUGUUUACAAUGGACCCUGUGAAGACUUGUUCAAUCUGAUGUAUGAACAACAAAACUAUACACCGUACCUCCCAUAUCUUUUAGGCAGUAUUACCGAGAAAUAA